UUCACCAUUAACACCACCUCUCUCAUUCUCCAUAUCUCUUUGUCCUCUCUCUCUCUCUCUCUCUCUCUCUCUCUCUCUCUCUCUCUCUAAAAUAAUUAACUAAACUGCUAUUACUUCACCAAGUCUGGUACAUUUACCCCAACGUUCUUUAAACUUUGAGAUCUCGCACAGGUUCAGAGCACUAAUAUACUGCUGAUGGUAAUGGCAAACGCCAACCUCGUGUUUCCGGGGACUGUGACCGGGGAGGAGUGCAUGCGCCGCGUCCCGGUCCCGCCGUCGCAGCCCUUCCUUGAGACCUUCCAUGCCAACCUCAAGGAGACCUUCUUCCCCGACGACCCCUUCCGGCAAUUCAAGCAUGAGAGGGGGUUCCGUAAGCUCAUCCUCGGCCUGCAGUACUUCAUUCCGAUCCUCCAAUGGGUUCCGAGCUACUCAUUCAGUCUCUUCAAGUCAGACUUUGUCGCCGGGAUCACCAUUGCUAGCCUUGCAAUACCCCAGGGCAUUAGCUAUGCCAAGCUCGCAAACCUACCACCAAUUCUUGGCUUAUAUUCGAGCUUUGUGCCUCCACUGAUAUAUGCGACGAUGGGGAGCUCACGGGAUCUGGCUGUCGGGACGGUGGCCGUGGCGUCGCUGCUUAUGGCGUCGAUGCUGGGGAAGGAGGUGUCGGCAUCACAGAACCCGAGGUUGUAUCUUCACUUGGCGUUCACUGCCACAUUCUUCGCUGGAGUCUUACAGGCGACCUUGGGAUUGUUGAGGCUUGGUUUCAUAGUGGACUUCCUCUCACAUGCAACAAUAGUGGGCUUCAUGGGGGGAGCAGCCACAGUGGUGUGCCUCCAGCAGCUAAAGGGGAUGCUAGGCCUCCAACAUUUCACCACAGCCACUGACCUUGUCUCUGUCAUGGAAUCUAUCUUCACUCAAACCCACCAGUGGAGGUGGGAAAGUGUGGUUCUUGGAUGCAGCUUCCUCUUCUUCCUUCUCCUCGCAAGAUUCUUGAGCAAGAGACGGCCCAAGUUCUUCUGGGUUUCCGCGGCUGCGCCACUAACAUCAGUGAUACUGGGAAGCCUUCUGGUGUACCUUACUCAUGCUGAAAACCAUGGCGUCCAAGUGAUUGGUUACCUAAAGAAGGGCCUAAAUCCACCGUCGGUGACCAGUUUGACCUUUUCGCCGCCAUACAUGAUGGUCGCACUGAAGACCGGCAUAGUCACCGGGAUCAUCGUCCUAGCCGAAGGGAUCGCAGUUGGACGGAGUUUUGCCAUGUUCAAGAACUACCACAUCGACGGCAACAAAGAGAUGAUUGCUUUUGGGAUGAUGAACAUCGGUGGAUCGCUAACAUCGUGCUACUUGACUACUGGGCCAUUUUCACGAUCGGCUGUGAACUACAAUGCCGGUUGCAAGACGGCGAUGUCGAAUGUAGUGAUGGCAGCUGCGGUGAUGAUCACACUAUUGUUCCUAACACCAUUGUUCCACUACACGCCUCUGGUGGUCCUCUCCUCCAUUAUCAUUGCAGCAAUGCUUGGACUCAUUGACUACGAGGCAGCAAUCCACCUCUGGCAAGUCGACAAGAUCGACUUCUGCGUGUGCUUGGGCGCAUACUUGGGGGUCGUCUUCGGUAGCGUAGAGAUAGGAUUAGUCAUUGCAGUUGCAAUCUCCAUAUUUAGGGUUUUAUUGUUCGUGGCAAGGCCGAGGACUACCGUGCUCGGCAACAUUCCAAAUUCAAUGAUCUACCAACGAAUGGACCAGUAUCCGGUGGCCCAGAGUGUACCUGGAGUGAUCAUACUCCGCGUCGAUGCUCCGAUCUACUUUGCCAGUGCUAGCUACUUAAGAGAGAGAAUCUCGCGAUGGAUUGACGAGGAGGAAGACAAGCUGAAGUCUAAGACUAAGACUAGCUUGCAGUAUGUAAUCCUGGACUUGGGUGCUGUUAGCAGCAUUGACACCAGUGGAAUUAGCAUGCUAGUGGAGGUCAAGAAGAGUAUGGAUAGAAGGGGGCUUCAGCUUGUGUUAGCAAAUCCUGGAGGUGAAGUAAUGAAGAAGCUGGAUAAAUCUGAAGUCCUCGAAACCAUUGGCCAUGAAUGGAUCUUCCUAACUGUAGGAGACGCCGUCGCCGCAUGUAACUUCACGCUCCACACCUGCAAACCUGGGGCUGGCACCGACGACGCCAUGGUUGGCGACAACAUUGUCUAAGAAAUCAAGAAAUGGUUUCAAUCUGACACCAAAUUAGGAGGGGGUUGGGGAGAUGGAAACUGAGACACAUUUGUUCCUUUGAAAUUUCCAGCUGAGUCUGAGCUGAACGCUUCUAAUCUUCUUGAGUUCAAAAUCUUAUUAUGCUAUAGAAGUUGGCAAUGUAUUACUUCCCUUUUUGGGUUGGGAUCAAAUGCAACUAUUGGGAAAAAAGGAAUAAAUGGUUAGAAAAUUGUCCCUACUUGAUAAUGCAAUAAAAGUCUGGUUCAUAAA